AAAACUCCCACUGGGGAAGUGCCCGGGGACGAGGGCUCGCCCCCUGAGGAAGGAGCCUCCUGCUGCUCAGGUGAGCCCGGGACGGCGGGAGCCGCUCCCGACCCCCGAGGCGGCCCCUGGCGAGUUGUGAGGAGCAGAGGGGAGCUGGAGACCGCCCGGCCGGGGUGGCUGCCGAAACCUGCCCUAGUCCCGGGUCCCCUCGAGGGAAAACCGGGGGCUCCCUCACGAAAACGGCCCAUAGGCUCCCGCUGGCAUGCAUGUAAUUCACCGACGAAAACACUGACCGGUCGUAGAACGAUAGCGGCUGUUGACGCCUAUAAUCGCCUGUCAGUUUGAAACAUAGAGUCGUGUUCUCAAAGGGGAACCAGCAGCUGGAACAAAUAUGAAGGAAUGAGAGGAAAAUUUCUCUUUCCGCAACUCCAGGAAUGAGGAAGAAUAGUUAGUUCCCAGUCUCUAUGGCGGUGUGCCAUUCAAAGAGGAGUACGAUGAUGGCAUUGUUCCCGACAGAAAAGAAGAUCCUUGUCAGUGGGCAAAAAUGCAAUAGACAAUGAGCCGAAGAACAAAUUCCGUUUAGCUUAAUUAUUUCAUGAGUCUUGUAUAAACCAUACAGAAUCUGCACCCUAUAGCAGAAGGGAGAAGACCCCCCCACCAGCCAUGCGGCCAGAAGCCGAGUGCUGUGGUAACCCCGUGUCACCAGGGUUUGGUGGCCGCUGUCCAGCUGUGGUCCUGCAGGGAGGAGCGACCAGCCCAGCGCGACCUCCUCUCCCCCGGGGGUGCGCCUGCAGUGACAGCACCGCUGGGAAACAGCGCUGGCCAUCGGCCCCAGCUCGCCCCCGUGUGAGGCUGGAACGAAGCUCGGGCAAGAUGUACAGUGCAAAACGUAAAACACUGGCGUUUACUGGAGUGCUUCUCGGCUGCCUGGAAAUGAUAUUUUCAGCAAACACAGCUCCAGAUACACCUGUUAUUGACCAAGCUUAUUCAAAACUUAGCAACAGCAUCACAGUGGAAUGGAGAGCAGUACCUGGGGCUAAUAAUUACAUGCUGACUGCACAAGAUGGAGAUUCCUUUGUUGAAACUAUAGUAAAAAAUUCUCCAGGCACAGUGACGGGACUGAAGCCUGCCACCUUGUACCGAAUCACAGUCAGAUCUAUAAAUUCGGGAGGAAAAAGCCAGCCUUCACCUUUCAGAAAAGUAAAAACAGUCUUGGUUGCUCCAAUUCUGUCUGUUCAUUCUCUGAGUUGUGACUCCAUUGCAGUGAGCUGGAAAGCUGUGCAUAUGGCAGCUGGAUUCUCUGUGUCACUCAUGAGGUCAGAUGGUUUGGGCAGAAAGCUGAAGCAGAACACCACCAAUACUUCCUUGAUAUUUACAAAUCUAGAUCCAGGAACUCUCUAUACUAUCAGGGCUUACGCCUGGAAUGCCAAUGGGAUGCCUGGAGAUGAUUUCACAUAUAACCAAAGUACAAGUCCUAACACACCAGUGGAUGUUAAAGUAGCUUUCAAUAGUGGUGCUUUAAGAGCUGUUGUCUCUUGGAUGCCAUCAGAAGGAGCUCUAACUUACAGCGUCACAGUCUCCAGUGGACUCCUGAAACUGAGGUGUAACACAUCUGCCUCCUGCAUGGUGCCAUCCCUCCAGUGCGGCUCUGAAUAUUAUGUGUCUGUCACAGCAUACAAUGAUGCUGGAUCCAGUGAACCUACUGAUGCAGUGAGCUUAAAGACUAUUCCUUGUGCACCAGUAAACAUAUCAAUUGAGGAGGAUGAACCUGGUCACUUGCUGGUUUCAUGGUUUAGCGUCAGUUUGGGUCAUUAUUAUGUGGUCUUUGUGAAGAGUGAUGAUGGCUUGGAAGUGCACUGCAACACAUCAUAUACUCAAUGCCAUUUCCAGUCAGACUGUGGUUUCACUUAUUUCAUUAGUAUCUUUGCAUAUAACAAGGCUGGGCAGAGUCCUUUAGGUGAUGUAUUCAAUUACACUACUACUCCUUGUUGCCCCAGUGACUUCAGGGCCGUGUUCAUGUCAAGCGACACGGUGCGGGUCACCUGGGCUCCUGUGCGAGGCGCUGACCUGUACGAGACCCGAGCAGCCAGCCGCAGCGGUGUGCUGCUCUGCAGGGACACGGACACGGCCUGCACCCUGUCGGCUCUGCAGUGCAGCACCCCCUACAACAUCACCGUGUUCUCCUUCAGCGAGGCCCGCGGCAGCAACACCUCGUGUGCGCCUCAGUACGUGGCGACAGCUCCCUGCAGUCCUGAAAUAAAAAAUAUUUCAAAGGAGGGUCUAUCUGUAAUCAGUGUGCAGUGGCAACCUAACAAUGAAGAAGCUACAUAUGUUGUCACUGCCAGAGGAGAGGCUGGACUUUGGCAUUGUACAAGCACCAGGAAUUCCUGUACCCUAAUGGAUCUUCCCUGUGGAUCUGCUUUCUCUGUAAGUGCUAUAGCAAGAUCACCAGCAGGACAGAGCUUGCCAAGCUACAGUAUCCCUUUAGAGACAGCUCCUUGUUGCCCUAAUGACCUGAUACUAACUCAAGUGACACAGUCUGUAACCAAUAUCAGCUGGUCUGUUGGGAGGGGUGCACAGACAUAUAUAACAAUACUGGAGUCUCCAAAAGGACUGGCAAAGUGUCACACACUUCAGACCUACUGUCUCCUGGGAUGUAUCACAUGUGACACCAACUAUACAGUGUCUCUGAGAGCCAUUACUGAGACUGGUUUGACAUCCAGCUGCACCUAUCAGGGAUAUUCUUCUAGUGCUUGCUGCCCUUCUGGGGUGAAGCUCUAUAGACUCGGCAACAAUGGCAUCAGGGUGUUCUGGCAAGCUUCUGAUGAAACAAUAAACUACAAUGCAAAUUUACAUGGCUCAAAGGCCAAUUUCAGCUGUACCUCCAGCUCAGGUCUGAGUCACUGUGACAUCACCAAGAUACCUUGUGGGGAUGUCUACACUGUGGUGGUAGCUCCAGUGACUGACAAGGGGCCAAAACUCACAUUUUGUCCCAAGAAAAUAUAUUCAGUCACCUGUUCUGGAAGCUCUGUUGGAAUGGUUAUUUAUAGAGGAAGGAGCAAUGCGAAACACAUGUAGAUGAAAUUCUGGUUCAGAUAAGGAGGUAAGAUUUAAGAAUUGCAAUUCAUAUUAGAAUGCAUGAAUCAAACUUUUCCUGCUGAUUAAAUCUUUGUGAUAAGAGGAAAAUGCCUCACCAGUCCUGUAUAUCAUAAACCUAAGUGGUUUGUUAAAAUCCAUAUUUACAUCUGAAAUCUCUUGUUUAUUUCUGCUUGCACUACUGAUUUGUCCUCUCCCCCAUUUAUAACAACCUUUUUUCACUUCACUAAGCCUUCACUUUACUAUGCUACAGUUCCCCAAAAAAGCCCUUAAAAUCCAAACAGAUAAAAAUAUUCUUCAGCACUCAUUUACUUUCUCCUGGUGUUCUGUACUAUUUUCUGCUCCUGUCUCAGAGGGAUGGCAAGAAAUCACUUUUGACUUUUUCCCCCUAAGGCUGAUCUCAUUUUUGCUGCUGUUCACCUGCUGCUAUCCUGGAUGUUAAGGUUGUUCAUAACACCAUUCUCCCUAAAUGUUAUUUUCAGUCUUUUUAUCCCUGAAGCUGGAAAGACACGUCUGUGCUUAACUGCAACAUUCACAGCUUCUUGAGGACUGGGAGGAUAGCUGAAGACCUAGCCAUAUCUGAGACCUCAUCCAGGCAAGACCUUCUCUCAGUACUGCACAGUGGUUACUUUUUCAGCCGACUUUGAAAGCAAAGUUUAAGGUCAAUGGUUCUACAA